UUAAAAUAUUAGUUAGUUAGUCAGCAUGGGCAUCGCAACACUUGGUCGGCUUCCCCAUUGUAUGCUGCUUCUAAUAGUGUCGCUGCUGCUGAUCCCGUCCGCAUGCGCUGCUGCUCGUCAUACCAAUACCACUGUCGACUGCCUCCCAUCUGACAGGUCUUCCCUCCUCGACUUAAUUCGUGGCGUCUCCUUCGUCAAGGAUUAUUAUUAUCCCUUCGAAGAUCGCGGCCCCCCGGUUUCAUGGAAACCUGGCUCCAACUGCUGCGACUGGGAGGGAGUCACUUGCGACCCCAAAUCUGGCCACGUCAGCGGCCUCGACCUCAGUAACCGUGGUAUCAACGGCACGCUCAGUGCUAGCCUCUUCAAUCUCACCUCCCUCCGAACUCUCAACCUCUCCUACAAUCUCUUUCAAGGGCACUUUCCUCAGGUGGGGUUUGAGAACCUUACACAACUCACCCGUCUCGAUCUCUCAUUAGCCGGAUUCAGUGGUCAGAUUCCUGUCGGCAUCUCUCUCUUAACCAACCUCAUCUCCCUCGACCUCAGCGUUGCAAUGGUCGACUACACACCUGACGGCUUCUUCUGGGAAUCAUACUACCUCAGCAAUUACUCACAACUCCGCCAUCCAAGUUUCCGGACUCUAGUUGGAAACCUUAGCAAUCUGAGGGAUCUCCGUCUCGACGGCGUCGGCCAUCCAAGUUUCCGGACUCUAGUUGGAAACCUUAGCAAUCUGAGGGAUCUCCGUCUCGACGGCGUCGACAUGUCCUCGAACCUAGACUGGGGAAGUGCUUUGUCCACCUCGAUGCCUCACCUUCAAGUGCUCGGUUUGAGAUUCUGUAAACUCCCAGGAUUGUUGCCGACAGACAUCUUGACAUCACACCCCAACCUGACUCUUCUCGACCUAUCGUGGAAUGAGAUGCUUUCUGGGAAUCUGCCGGAUUUUCCAAGCAACAAUGCGUUGCGAAUUUUGCGCUUUUUUGAAAUGAAUUUAUCCGGGAGUAGUAUACCAGACUCUAUUUCGAAUCUCAAGCACCUGACUACUCUGGAUUUCUCGUAUUGUGGUUUUACUGGGAUGAUACCAUCUUCCAUCGGGAAUCUUACCCAGCUCGUAUAUUUAGAUCUCUUGGGGAACAAUUUCACGGGUCCGAUCCCCACUUCUAUCGGAAAUCUGACUCAUCUCAUAUAUUUAGUUCUGGGUUAUAAUCAACUUCAAGGACAGAUUCCAACAUCCUUGUUUAAGCUCUCAGCCCUCGGCUACCUCGAACUAUCAUCAAACGACUUUAGUGGAACGGUGGAGCUCGGCAUGAUAAGAAACCUCCCGAACUUAACAUUCCUCGACCUCUCUCGGAAUAAUCGAUUGUCUAUACAAGAAGUUAGUGGCAUUAAUUAUUCCGACACCUUUCCCAGGCUUAGUUAUUUAGGCCUGGCUUCAUGCAACCUCAUCAAAGUGCCUGCCUUUCUAAGACAUCAACAUGAACUCGAAACAUUGGACCUUUCUGAUAACAAGAUUGGCGGCGGAAUACCAGAAUGGAUUUGGGGAUUAGACGAGGGAUAUCAUUUGAAUCUCUCCAUGAAUGAAUUCACUCAUUUCGAAGGCCCACAUAUUCUCUCUUGGAAACAUGGUUUUACGGCCUAUAGUGCUCUUGAUCUCCAUUCAAACUCGCUUAGGGGACCAAUUUUUCUUCCCUCGACGUCGUUCCAAUUCAUAGAUUACUCAAACAAUAGCAUCUCAUCUGUUAUCCUGACUAACAUUUCCUCCUAUCUUUUAAACUGCACUCAUCUUCUGCUCAUGAACAAUAAUCUUACUGGAGAAAUCCCAGCAUCCAUCUGUGAAGCACACGAUCUCCAAGUCCUCGACUUGUCUAACAAUAGUUUGAGUGGCUCAAUCCCGUCUUGUCUAUUUGAUGUGAAAUCUCUUACAGUCUUGAAUCUAAAAGGGAACCAACUUCAAGGGGCAAUUCCUAAACAUUUUAGUAAAGGAUGCAUGCUGGAGGCAUUGAUCCUCAGUGACAAUCGUUUGAAAGGUCCAAUUUCUCAAACUUUGCUCAAUUGUGGGUCGCUAAAGGUUUUAGACCUUGGGAACAAUCAGAUUGUUGGAGGUUUUCCAUCUUGGUUGGGACAAAUGGUUGACAUCUCUGUCCUAGUUCUUCGAGGAAAUGCACUUCGUGGGAAAGUCAAAGUUACAGAAAGUCCUGAGGCAAAUAACACAUUUUUAAAAUUGCAGAUAUUUGAUCUAUCUUCCAAUCACUUCAAUGGAAAUUUGCCUUCAAAUUGUUUCAACAAUCUAAAGUCCAUGAUGAGUUUCUCCACUAUGAAUCUAAGCAUAACUGAUAAAGACAGUUAUAACUAUGACGCUUUAGUCAUAAGUAAUGGGAAUGAAUAUUCCUUUCAGAGAAUAUUAUCGAUAUCAUAUACAUAUAUGGAUUUCUCAAACAACAGUUUUGAUGGUAAUAUUCCUGAGGUGAUCGCUAAACUCCAAGGCCUUCACAUGUUGAAUUUAUCAGGAAAUUCUCUCACAGGAGAGAUUCCUUUAGUAAUUGGAAACAUGAAGCAACUUGAAAGAGUGGAUCUUUCUGCAAACCAUUUGUCUGGACAGAUUCCUCAAGAAAUGACUUCUCUCACAUUCUUAGCUUCUUUAAAUCUUUCUAGCAACAAUCUAACAGGAAGAAUUCCUCAAAGUAACCAGUUCAAUACAUUUUCGAACGCUUCUUACCUAGAUAACGAUGGGCUGUGUGGAAUUCCAUUAUCAAAGCAAUGCAACAAUGAAAGCCCAAAUCAGACAAGUGCAGUGCAACCUACAUCCUCUGACCAUUCAUCACCGUCAACCUAUAUCAUUGUACUUGCGCUAUUAAUCGGCUUGGGAUUUGGAGUGGGAUUUGCAGUGACCUUUGUGCUUCGCAAUGUGCAAAUGAAAUUUUGGAAAAGGCAAAAUACUACCAACAUCUAGCUAUUCGUGAGCCCUUUUUUGAUCUCUCAGGUUUUCAUGGUUUUUAAAUAUAAAUGCCCCUUUUUUAU